AUGGUGCCAUCCAACGGGCAAUAUGAUGCAACGGACGAUAAGAAUGAAUACGAGGCAACAGAUAACCGCGAACCAUUCUCGAGAAUUAUGACCGCCGCAUCAGAAGGCUGCUGCAAGCUGAUUUGCAACAUCAACGUGAAAAUCGGAUGGACGAUAUGCGGAAUUAUCCUCGGCUUCAUCUACAUCGCCUGCUAUAUAUUCUAUUUUAAAAAUUGGUCGGCUUGUAUUGUUUGCGCGAUUUCGGUCGUUUUCGCUUUUAUGACUUUGUAUCUUUAUUGGGCUUAUAAGAAGGAUUGGAUUGUUAGCUGGAAGCACUCAACAUUCUUUUGGAUGUUUUGGUUAAACAUAAUUUUCUCGAUUUUCGCAUUGGCCGGCCUUAUCACAUGCUAUAUAAUCGCUGGAAUCGAUCAUAUGGGCGCGGCAACCAUAAAAGAUAUGCACGGCGAAAAUCUAUGGUUCACCGGCACAUGGUUCUGUUUUAUUAUCAAAUGGACGGUGCAAAGCGCGUUUUUCGCGAGAAGCGUCGACAAAUCGCUGUAUCGCAAUCAAAUCGAAAUCGACGAGGAGGACGGCGACACUGAAAUCAUCCGAAAAUACUAA